UUGCUUAUCCACUAGCCAAGGAAAGCUGCGUGAAGACAUGGAACUCCAUGCAGGAGCUGAGCAGGGAUAUCUAUGACAUCUAUGCUGAGUAUGAAGACGACGAGGACGACAAUGCUCCACAUGGCCUCUCCAAGCAUAUUUUACCCUCCAAGAAGAACUACAUGAUCAACAUCAAUGUAGGGGGGAAGCCCUACCAGAUAGCCUACAAGACGGCUGCCAAGUAUCCCAAGACCAGAAUAGGACGACUGGCCACCUACACGGACCACAACAUGAAGCUGGACCUUUGCGAUGACUACAUUGUGACCAACAAUGAAUACUUCUUUGACAGGGACCCAGAUGUCUUCCACAGCAUAUUUAACUUCUACAGGACUGGUGUGCUGUGGAUCAAGGAUGAGUUGUGUCCCCGCAACUUCCUGGAGGAGAUCAAUUACUGGGGUGUGAGGAUCAAGAACACCCACCGCUGCUGCCGCAUCUCCUUUGAGGAGAGGCAGGAUGAGCUGAACGAUCAGUUGAAGAUUCAGAGGGAGCUGGAGGCAGAGGUGGAGAUUGAGGAGAAUGAAGAGCUCUUUCAUGACAUGUUCAUGGGCCAGCAGCGGAGAGCUAUCUGGAACUUGAUGGAGAAGCCAUUUUCAUCUGUCAAGGCCAAGCUGAUGGCAGUGGCCUCCAGCCUGUUUGUCUUGGUCUCCCUGGUGGCCAUGACUCUCAACACAGUGCAGGAGAUGCAAUACAGAACUCCCACAGGUCAGCUCAGUGGUAAGACAUACUGGGAAUAUGUGGAGUCCAUGUGCAUCGCCUUCUUCACCAUGGAGUACCUGCUCCGUCUGGUGUCCACUCCUGACCUUAAGUCCUUCGGCAGGAGCGUCCUCAACACUGUGGACCUGAUUGCCAUCCUGCCUCAGUAUCUGCAGGCCAUCCUUGAGUUCUUUGACAGUGAGGAAAACUACCUGAAGCAUGAGGCUGACAUAAAGGCAGUGGGGCAGGUGGGAAAGCUGGGCCAAGUGUUGCGCAUCAUGAGACUGAUGCGAAUCUUUCGUAUCUUGAAGCUGGCGCGACACUCCACAGGUCUCCGGGCGUUUGGCUUCACUCUGCGUCAGUGCUACCAGCAAGUGGGCUGCCUUUUCCUGUUUAUCGCCAUGGGCAUCUUCAGCUUCUCCGCCAUGGUUUACACUGUGGAGCAUGACAUGCCACAAACAAACUUCACCAGCAUUCCUCAUGCAUGGUGGUGGGCAGCUGUCAGUAUCUCCACUGUGGGCUAUGGAGACGUCUACCCAGAGACCGUACUGGGUCGUAUCUUUGCUUUCAUCUGCAUCUCUUUUGGAAUCAUCCUCAAUGGGCUGCCCAUAUCCAUUCUCUUCAACAAGUUCUCAGACUAUUACUCUAAACUCAAGUCCAAUCAGUACACAGCUGCCCUGAAGAAUCGAGGGAAGGUGAGAUUUGCCAAGAGGACAGUGACAAGGUUGAACCGCUUAUUUGAUAACCGCAAUUGA